CCGGAAGUAGUUACACGGUGGGGCCAAGACGCGGUGGUCCGGGUUGUGUGUUGAAGAUUUUCCGUGUUUACCAGUCCUGCCACUGCCACCUCUGCAGUCAUGGGGAAGCGACAGCACCAGAAGGACAAGAUGUACAUUACGUGUGCUGAGUACACACACUUCUAUGGUGGCAAGAAACCAGAUAUUCCACAAACAAAUUUUCGUCGUUUACCCUUUGACCAUUGCAGUCUCUCUCUGCAGCCCUUCAGCUACCCGGUCUGCACCCCUGAAGGCGUUGUCUUCGACUUGCUGAACAUCCUCCCCUGGCUUAAGAAGUACGGGACCAACCCCAGCAAUGGCGAGAAACUGGACGGGCGGUCCCUGAUCAAGCUGAACUUCGCCAAGAACAGCGAAGGCAAGUACCACUGCCCGGUGCUGUUCACCGUGUUCACCAACAACAGCCACAUCGUGGCCGUCAGGACCACCGGCAACGUCUAUGCCUAUGAGGCCGUGGAGCAGCUAAACAUCAAGGCUAAGAACUUCCGAGACCUGCUGACUGAUGAGCCCUUCUCCCGGCAGGACAUCAUCACCCUCCAGGACCCCACCAAUUUGGACAAAUUCAAUGUCUCCAACUUCUUUCACGUUAAGAACAACAUGAAGAUAACAGACCCAGAUGAAGAAAAGGCCAAGCAGGACCCGUCGUACUAUCUGAAAAACACAAACACCGAGACCCGGGAGACACUGCAGGAGCUCUACAAGGAGUUCAAAGGGGACGAGGUCCUGGCGGCCACCAUGAAAGCCCCAGAGAAGAAGAAGGUGGACAAACUGAAUGCCGCCCACUACUCCACUGGGAAGGUUAGCGCCUCCUUCACCUCCACCGCCAUGGUGCCCGAGACCACACACGAAGCAGCCGCCAUCGACGAGGACGUGCUGCGCUACCAGUUUGUGAAGAAGAAGGGCUACGUGCGGCUGCACACCAGCAAGGGCGACCUCAACCUGGAGCUGCACUGCGACAUGACACCAAAAACCUGCGAAAACUUCAUCAGGCUCUGCAAGAAGCAGUAUUAUGAUGGCACCAUCUUCCACAGGUCCAUUAGGAACUUCGUGAUCCAGGGGGGUGACCCCACUGGCACAGGCACAGGUGGGGAGUCGUUCUGGGGAAAACCCUUCCGAGAUGAGUUCCGGCCCAACCUCUCGCACACGGGCCGAGGCAUCCUCAGCAUGGCCAACUCAGGGCCCAACACCAACAAGUCUCAGUUUUUCAUCACCUUCCGCUCCUGUGCGUACCUGGACAAGAAGCACACCAUCUUUGGGCGGGUUGUGGGGGGCUUUGACACACUGACGGCCAUGGAGAAUGUGGAGAGCGACCCCAAAACCGACCGUCCCAAGGAGGAGAUCCGCAUCGACUCCACCACCGUGUUCGUGGACCCCUUCGAGGAGGCUGACGUCCAGAUUGCUGAGGAGCGGAAGAAGACCCAGCUGGAGGAGGCAGCCCCAGAGAGCACAGCGAAGAAAAGCCAGCCCAAGUCAGGGAGCCAGGGUCCCCCAAUGUACCGCCAGGGGGUGGGCAAAUACAUCAGUCCAGCAGCCACGAAACGUGUAGCAGACGAGGAACCGUCAACCAGUGCAGCUGUCCCCGUGGCCAAGAAAAAGCCCAGCCGAGGUUUCACGGACUUCAGCUCGUGGUAGUGGCGGGCCUGCUGCUCUGGGUCCUGGUAGGGACGCAGCGCUGGGGCUUGUGUCCCGCAUCCCGGAGGUUUUCUGCCCUUUGGGCUGCGGCUCAGCAAAGCUCUUGCCUGGGUCUCCUUUUCUGGCCCUGGGAGCCUAUGGGUCUCCUCACCUCCCACCCAGGGCUGGGCCCUGGCCCUGUUUGCAGGCCUGUUGUCUCCUGACCCCAUUUCUGUCACCUUGUUGGGGAUGUUGGCUCCAUGUGGUUCCCAACCAGCGGCAUCACCUGGAAGCUUGUUAGGAACAUUCUCACACCCCGGGCCUUGUGACCUGGAGGCAACGCUAGCGGUUUGAGGACCCUGGACUAGUACUUUGAUGUUAUUUCCAAAAACCUUUUCUGCCACCUCUUGCUUGGGUUUGUUGUGUCCACCCCAGCAAGGACCAUGGGCGGUCGCAGCCUGGCUCUGGGUUCCACCUCAGGGCCACCCGCCCACCUCUGUGCCUCAGGACGGUGAUGGGACCACGUGGGUGAAGACAGCCGGCUCCUGCUGGCCGUGUAGAAGGCCCCAGCGAGCUGGCAUGCUCCCCUCACCCGUUCUUUUCCACCCUCAGGGUCCAUGCUGUGCUCAGCGCUGACCGUCAGCCCCAGCUGUUUAGGGCUGUCAGGCCGGGUGUACCAGCAUUUGCUGACUGAAAGAUCCCUGAUCCUAUAAAUGUCUUCAAAAAGCUGACUGCUGCCUGCCCGUCCUUGUUUUCUGUUCACUCUGCAGUCUGCCAGCCUGCUUCCCAUUCUCCUGACCUUGACCCUGCUACCUCAGCUCUCCUGAAGUGCCUCUGUGGAAGCGUGGCAACAGCUGCCUCCUCCCAGGCCCACGUCUCCUCUAGCCCUGGGGCUCUGAAAGGGUCACUGCCCACCUCUCAUGCCCCCCCGUCGGCACAGGCCACCACCCAUCCUGCUCGUCACGCUGAAACUCUAACUCGGCUGCACCCUUGGUUGCUCCUCUUUCCCUCCUCAUCCAAAACCUCAGUUCCACCGGUGAGUCUCAGCAGCUUCCUUCCAGAAUGCACCUUGGCUCUUCCCCAGCUCUCAUGCUGAACACCAGGUUCCAGGGCUGUCACCAGCCUCGGUCUUGGCCCCGUGUGCACGUCCACAUGGGGCCAAGCCACCUUCCCAGAGCUCACUGGCCUCGUCUUGCUUCAGGACAGAGACUGGCUGUCCCCUGUGCUGAGAACAAGGUCCGUGCCCUGCUUGGGGCCUGUCCCUCUGCCGUCUCCCUGCACCCCCGACAGGCAGCAGGGGACCUGGGCUCUGCAGAGUGAGUGCCUAGCCCCUCUGCAACUUCGGCCAGACACGACCCCCUCACACCACAGACAGCUGAGCUCUCACUUGUGAGAGGCUGUCUGCACCAGCACUGGCUCCAAGAGCCUGGCUCACGCAGGAAGAGGGGGCAGGCAGGGUCGGGUGAAGACACGGGGGGCGGGGUUGGUGACCUGCGUGGGUACAGCACACCAUCAUCUCCUGGACUCUCCCUGGGGGAGGCGGCUAGCCCUCCCGCAGUUCAGAAGCAAGUGCUGAGUGCGCUGAGCCGAAGCCCUGUGACUACGUGGUGAGGCUUUCCCGGGCCCUGCUCACAGGCCCCAAACGGGCAGUGAGCCUGGCAGCCGGCGCCCCAAAGGCUGUAUCUGCAUGUGACAGCGCAGGGCGGGGACCACCUACGGGAAGGAGAGCAGGCCCCUCUGCUCGCCGGGAGCUGCACAGCACCACGGCCUUGUCCCUCGGCAUCAGAGCAGAGCACCUGAGUCACACGUGCUACCGAAAAGGAGACGCUGGACAUGGGAGCUUUAUUUUUAAACCUCACAGACACAGAGGACCGAGGGCUGGACACAGGGAGGCCGAGGGGGGCUUGUGCGCUCGGGCUCGGCAGUCCCACUCUGAGGGGCGGACCUCCGGGCCAGCCGGGCCGCAGCCCCGUGGGCCACCCCAUGGCGGGAGGACGGGCCGGCCCGGAACCUUUGACAGACGAGGCUUUACGUUUCUGUAGGUGGUUUGGGAGCUUAAGCUGUAGUCGUCCAGAAGUGAAAACCACUUGGAUUUUUUAAGUACCUGGUGAGGUCAUCAGGUAAAUUAAAGGACUUUUGAAAAAU